AUGGCGGUGGCAGACCUGCUGGUGGUGGUAUCCGAUGUGGUGUUAAGAUGGGUGAUUGUUUAUUUCCCCGUGUGCUUCCUGGACAUCACUCCUGUGUGCAGCUCGGUGAUGGUCACAAUCGUGGCCUCCACAGAGUGCUCCGUCUGGCUGACAGUCUUCUUCACCUUCGAUCGCUGCGCGACCAUUUGUUCCCAGAGGCUAAAGUCCAAGUACUGCACUGAGAAAACAGCGGCUGUGGUGAUCGGGACGGUGUGCGUGCUGAGCUGCUUGGAAAGCGUUCCCUGGUACUUUAAGUUUGAGCCCGGCCAUGUUAUCGACAACGUGCCCUGGUUUUGCGAAACAAAAGCCAGUUACUACACUUCGUCCACGUGGGCAGCGCUGGAGCUCAUCCACCGCAUCCUCGUGCCUUUGCUGCCCUUCCUCCUGAUUCUCGUUUCCAACGCUCUGACCAUCCGGCACAUCCUGGCCUCCAGCAAAGCCCGCAGGCGGUUCCGGACACACAGCACCGGGGACCGUCAACCAGACCCAGAGGCUGAGAGGCGCAGAAAGUCUAUCACUCUGCUGUUCGCCAUAUCAGGCAGUUUCAUCCUUUUGUGGACGCCUUUCCUCUCCUAUUUCAUUUACCAGCGAGUGGGCUUCAUGUCCAAUUCCUAUCAUCCCUCUCCCCUUGCGGCGACGCUGGGCGUGAUGCUCCAGCUGCUCAGUUCCUGCACAAACACAUGUAUCUAUGUCGCGACCCAAAGUAAAUUCAGAGAAGAGCUUGGGAAUUUUUUGAAAUAUCCUUGCACUCUAAUUGUGAAACGCCUUGGACGGCCUCCUGACGUGAAAGGCACCACACGGAUGUAA